UACUAUGAGGGUUUGAGACCUUGUUUAUCCAUCACUGAUCCCAAUCUCAUACGCAAAGUGCUGGUAACAGAAUUUCAAAAGUUUGCUGAACACAGGGUGCUGGCAUCCAAAACCGAGCCAAUUAGUAACGGCCUAUUUUUCUGCCGGUACCGGCAAUGGAAACGUAUCCGUGCGCUGCACUCCACAGCCUUCACCACCGGUCGACUCAAAGCUAUGCUACCGAUAAUGUCGGACACGUUUGACCACUUGUGCACACUAUUGGACCCAAAAGCCCGCGACAGCCAAGUGGUAGACUUGCGAGACCUAUACGACUCGUACACGUUUGACGUGAUCACUAGGGCUGUGGCCGGUGCCUACACAAACGCCCUGGAUAAUCCCGGUGAUAACGCGCUGUUCACCUCGGUGAAAAGUAUAUUUCAAACUGACCAAGGUCUCACUGAUUGGCUGGUGUUUUAUGUGCCUGUUUUGCGCCGAUUCGUCGACAUUCCGUGGUUUGAUCGCCAGAAGUUGAAAAUAAUUGGCGAUACUGUAAGUCACGUGAUUAGAGAUAGGGUGGCCCGCGAUGUACAGGUGCCCGACCUGUUACAGCACUCGGUUAAUGCUAGCGUAUGGGCCGAUAGGUAUCCCAACCCUCCCGUCAACGCUAAUAAGUCAUUUGAUAAAUUGACCGAGAUAGAAGUGCUCGGUCAGACAAUGAACAUGUUAGCCGGCGGGUAUGAGACCACUGCGUCCCAGUUAUGUUACAUAACCCGAAUACUGGCCCUCAAACCCUUGUAUCAAACAAAACUGGUUCACGAGAUUCAUAACACACUGUAUACUAAGGAUACCAAUGAGUUAUCUAUGGAUUACGAAAAGUUGCAAAAAAUGCCAUUUUUGGACGCAUUUAUCAAAGAAGUGAUGCGAGUUAACUGUUCGGUGAACCGGAUCGACAGAAUCGCUGUAAACGAC